AAGGUCUAGAGAAGUUAUAUAAAAACUAGACAAGAAAUUUCUGAGAGUCUGGGGACACGUCUGGAACUGAACUUGGGAAUCUCUUUAUGGUUUGUCUGACAGACAUACCAGGUGGACAUCUUAAGUGACCUCUACAAUUUAAGAUGGAGAUGGCCCCCUGCCUCUGGCUUCUACUUUCAGCCCUCAUCCAGCUAUCAACAUCUCAGCGGUCAGAGCCUAUGUUCAGUUCAGUGACUAAAACGGUCUUGCAACCUGAUUAUGAGAACAACCCCACUCAGCUAAACUAUGGGAUUGCUGUGACUGAUGUCGAUGGAGGGGGUGAUCUAGAAGUGCUAGUAGCUGGGUAUAAUGGGCCCAAUCUGGUGCUGAAGUAUGACCAGAGGAGAAAAGUGCUGCAUAACAUUGCUGUGGAUGACAGAAGCUCACCAUAUUAUGCUCUUCGUGAUCGCCAAGGCAAUGCAAUUGGAGUAACAGCUUGUGACAUCGAUGGAGAUGGCAGAGAGGAGAUUUACUUCCUCAACACCAAUAACGCCUUCUCAGGCCUGGCAACAUAUUCUGACAAGCUGUUUAAGUUCAGGAAUGGGCGCUUUGAAGACCUUCUGAGUGAUGACAUCAAUGUACGAAGAGAUGUGGCUAAUCGGGUGGCAGGUCGCUCUGUUGCCUGUGUCGACAGAAAGGGUAUUGGUCGCUAUUCCAUUUAUAUUGCAAACUAUGCAAAUGGAAAUGUGGGUCCACAUUCUUUAAUCGAGAUGGAUGAAGCUGCAAGUGACCCAUUAAAUGGGGUCAUUGCCUUGCAUAAUAUGGCUGAAGAAGCUGGAGUCAACAAGUUCACUGGAGGCCGAGGUGUGGCAGUUGGACCCAUCAUUAGUCAGACACUUCCAGAUAUAUUCUGUGAUAAUGAAUACGGACCCAACUUCCUAUUUAAGAACAAUGGAGAUGGAACAUUCACUGACAUUGCAGCACAAGCUGGAGUUGAUGAUCCCCAUCAGCAUGGACGAGGGGUGGCACUAGCAGACUUUAACCGUGAUGGCAAGAUAGACAUUGUGUAUGGAAAUUGGAAUGGGCCUCACCGUCUGUUUCUUCAAACUAAUGCUAACCGCAAGCAGAGGUUCAAGGACAUUGCCACGCAGAAGUUUGCCAUGCCUUCACCUGUCCGCACUGUCAUUGCUGCCGAUUUUGACAAUGACCAGGAGCUUGAGGUGUUCUUUAAUAAUAUUGCAUACAGAGGUUCUUCUGCAAAUCGUGUGUUUAGGGUGUCAAGAAGAGAACACUCGGACCCACUGAUUGAGGAGCUCAAUGUAGGGGAGGCAGCAGAACUGGACGGCCGGGGAACUGGAGCUGUUGUUACAGAUUUUGAUGGAGACGGACGGCUGGAUCUUAUAGUGUCUCACGGUGAAAAUGUGGCGCAGCCCCUCUCUGUUUUCAAAGUCAACCCGGGUUCUGCCAAUACAUGGUUAAGAGUGAUUCCACGGACCAAACAUGGAGCUUUUGCCCGCGGAGCAAAGGUGGUUGCUUACACUAAGAAAAGUGGUCCCCAUACACGCAUCAUCGAUGGAGGAUCUGGCUACCUGUGUGAAAUGGAACCUGUUGCUCACUUUGGACUCGGGAGAGAUGUGGCUACCAGUGUGGAAGUGUGGUGGCCUGAUGGUAAAUCGGUAGCACGACCCUUGACUACCAGCGACAUGAAUUCUAUUCUAGAGAUUCCAUACCCAGUAGAUGAAAUUCCAGUUCCAGAAUCUGUGGAAAUUGAGUGCGGACAUGGAUUUGCGGCUAAUGAGAAUGGGCGCUGCAUAGACAAGGAUGAAUGCACACAGUUCCCCUCUGUGUGCCCCAGGGACCGACCCGUUUGCAUUAAUACCUUUGGAGCAUAUAAAUGCCGUCCUAACAAGAGAUGUGGCCAUGGAUUUGAGCCCAAUGAGGAUGGAACAGCCUGCGUUGCUCAGGUUGCAUACUUUGGGGGAAGUCCAUCCUCCUCUUCCAGCUGUCUUGUUGGUGUCCAUUAUGUUUCAAUCGCUCUGCUUGGACUUGCUUGCUUGCUUUAGGGCUACUGUUUCUUCUCUUGCAUAGGUUUAUCUCCUUAAGUCCAUAAGUGUUAUUGGCCAUUUGAUUGUGGAAAGUUUGGAUCAAGGACACACCACCGUCAUCUAGAAAUACAUGUUGAAGCUGCUGUACUUUUUCCAAAGAUAACACAUGUCCACAUUUAUUCUUUUUUUUCUUUUUUCUUUUUCAAAUUUAAUGGCAAUCAUUGUUUAAUAUCAAUAUGCUGCUGUAUGCUACAAAUUAUGUUUAUUUAAGAUGUGGAAAAUUAAUAUUUACAGUGUAUCAUUUUGAGGGUGUACUCUUCCAUUUAGCCAUGAGGUCUAAAAUAGCUCCAAUAUGUUUUCCUAUGUGGGAUUCAAAAAAUGCAUUUGUUGGUUUAAAAAUAGGAUGUAAAAAAGCUGCUGAAUUAAACAUUUCAAUAUUUUUGAGUAGCAUCAGGGAUCAGAAAGUGAAUACAUUUAUAGAUAUACCUUUCAAGGUGCCCACACAAUAUACACAGAGCGCUUUACAUGAACAGCAGAACACAACAGGAGAGUCAUUUUAAAAAGUGUACACAAUAGGGAGCUCAUUUCAGAAAAAAAGUGAUUUUUUGAGUGAAUUUUGUUUAUUGUCAUAAAUGAAAUUCAUUAUUAACAUUUCGACUUUUUGUCCUAAUUGAUUCAGUAAAAGAACUGUGAGUACCAAAGUGUAAUCCUGUUUAAUUGUCAAUGUAAAGGGCUUUUUCUUCAAAAUAAUAAACCUUGGAAUAGGGCAACACUGGUGCACCUCCCUAUGCAUCAGUCUGUAGAAUGACAGGGACUUCCUGUUACAGGGAUAUUUAUAAAGGAGGACCUGAAGGGGUGUGGCCAGAGACAGACAGGGUCUCUGCUUGUCAUCUGGGACAUUUCUUUCUGUUUAAGGGGACAAUGGGUAAGUGGUUGUGUUGCAACCAAAUUCUUUUCCAAUGCAGCCUUCAGAUUGGUCCCCAAAAGAGAUCUGUACCCGCAUAUGUGAAAGAAUAUUUUCAAAAUGGUUAUGGAUAUUAAAAAAAAAAAAAUCACAUUAUACCUGACCAUUUAGUCCAUUGAGCUUGUUUUGCAUAAAUACUUUAAAAAGUUCUUUAAACAUGACAGUCUAAACUUCAUUUACUUCACUAGUUAAUUCCAGAUUCCCAUGACCCUUUAUGCUAAUAAGUAUUUCUUAUUGCACUUCCCUAUGAUUCACUAUUUUAAUGAAAGAACUCAGUGAGAUCAGUGAUAGAUAGAUAGAUAGAUAGAUAGAUAGAUAGAUAGAUAGAUAGAUAGAUAGAUAGAUAGAUAGAUAGAUAGAUAGAUAGAUAAAGAUCGAUCUUUAUUUAUCCAAAGGAGAACUUAAGGAAUAUAGAAAUAUUAGAAGGGUGCCUCUCACCAUGUCAAUUUUGGAAUAAAAUAAGGCUGGGUUGUUGCCCGUGCAAAGUGUGGUUGAGAUAGGUUCAAUGGUGUGGAUUUGCAUACUGGACAGGCACAGGUAAGGGUACCCAGGGUGAGGGCACAGACUAAAUUUUGGAAUGAAUGCAUAGCCUAUGGUCUUCCUUGUACAAAUGGGGAAUCUGUGCGGUAUUCUGGCUGAGAUCGGAUCAGUAGUGUGAAUUUACAUACUGGACAAACACCCACACAAAUACACAUUCUACUUUAUACAUUAGGUAAUAACAACAAACCCCGCAAAUACACACAAGAAUAACAAAAACGGCAUGACUAGUGAUUAGAUCAUAGACACAGUGAUACCUUUGAGAAUUUUUAAGACUAAGAAUAGGCCAUCUCUGUUUGAGACUAUAAGGAUCAGUUCCCUAAUCUUGUAGGACAUGUCCUAUAGUGCAAGGAUGCACUUGGUUACUAUUCAUUACACAGCUUCUAGUGUUUCUAGUGCUAUGACUCCUUUUCUACCACAAUGACCAAAUCUCCAGGCAGCAUUCCAGAUGGUUUUUCAUUCUAUCAUAAUGGAGCUGAAGCAAAAUCCUAAUUUGUAUAUUAGGAAUUUUUACAAUGUAGCCUUUUUUUCACAUUACAUAAAUUGCUUCUGACCAUUUCUGAGGGAAGGGAAUAUUCAAUCGAUAUAAAGCCUUAAAUUCUAAAAGUAAUAUUCUUUAGAAGUGACUAAAAUUAGAGUUAUCAUGAUCUGCAUAAGAUUUCAUAAGUAGAUAAAUUGUUAGUCCUUAAUAUUUUUUUACAAUCAAACCACUUUUGCCAAGAGCAGUCUUUUUACCCUACAUGGCUCAUCAAUUCCCAAUUGAAGGUCCCCAAAUUCUAUGUGUAGUGGCAAAGAUGAAGUUCUAAAUGCUAGUGAAUGCUUGAAUUCCAAAGCAAAAGGCUGUUUAGAUUCAUGUGUCAGACCAAAAGGAGAAAUCAAGAUAUUUAGAGCAUCUCAAGCUCAGAACUAAAUGUUUUUUCUUUACAUUUCUCAAUUUGAGCAGAGUUUUCUGUUCUCUAAUCUAUGCAAUGUUGAAUGAAAACAAUGCAUUUUUAUCACUGAAUGGCCAGUAGUGGUUACGCCACUUGUAAUUGUGAAUGCAGCGUAGUGACAGUGACUCAUGGCUCAUCUAUUUAAACAAUGGAAAUGUCAACAAGCAGAAAAAAACAAUUACAAAACACAUAUGAUUCAUAUAUAAAAAAGCAUCAGGAAGAAUACCACUAUCAUGACAACAAUGGGGGAGUUUUGGAAAUGUCAUCUCCACUCUGUACAGGACAUAUAGAGUGCAGGGUAGACUUGAUCACAGUCACACAUCGAGCCGGUGGUGGGCUUUAAUUUUCUCAUCUUGUAAUGUCAGCUGCAAGUGUUAAACCAUUAAUCUGCAAUACCAAUAAUGAAACUCAACUGAAACAAAAACUCCUCAAGGAAGGCAAUAAUGAGUGCAAGGCUCGUUUGAGAAAUAAUAAAAUUCUCAUUUGGACAACAUCAUUGUGUUUCCUCUCUGUGGUUUCCAUGGUAUUUUCUGUCUCUACUCGAAUUCCAGAAGAAAACGAUAAUGAUAGACUAUAGAAGCGUUAAUAGGCACUGUCAGCCUUGGCACGCACAUGUUUUCACUGCCAUCUAUUGCAGAUGGUUUGCAUUGUUUUUCAAGUAAAGAAGAUGGAUUUGGUUCAAAAGGGGACAUGUCAUAACGGAGAGGUGCAGUCACCUAGAAAGUUAUUUAUUUUAACGUUUUCACUUAAUAGAUUGAAUCACUUAUUCAAAUAACGCUAUGCAAUUUACUCAUUUUAAACAUACCUUCAUUUGCGAGAUCUUGGGAUUAUUCCCAGAUAAGGCACCACUGGCUUGAUUGUUCUUUUCUAAAAAAAACACAGAACACACACAUUUUCUUUCCGGUCUAUGCAAUUUAAGAUGUUAAACUUAAUUUAUCUUUUUAAGUCAGGGAAUGAUUAUUCUGUAGCCAAAGAGGUGGAGUAUAAUAUUUUCUUAAAUGUGGACAAUGAUUAAUUCAAGAUAAAGCAAAAAUUAUUGUUUGAGAUUGUAGAAUAAAAUGUGUUCAACAUAAGGUGACUGUGAGCAAUCAUCCAUCUUUAUGCCAUUUGGUAAAGACCAAAAUGAACAGAGGCAAUAAACCAACAGUUGCAUUAUAGAGAGAGCAGCUUCUGAAGGUUGUUUUAAUUCUUGGCUUUACAGUUCUCUAGUUUAUGGUACUAAUUAUUUGUCUUUCUUAGCUACUGUUGCAGUUCCUUACCUUAUUUCUGUGUACUACUACUACUCUCUUUAUUAUUAGAUACAUCCUGAGAAAAAGAGGCAUUCGAUAGUGGUAUUCAGUGAAAAACAGAAAGGGAGCCUCACAGUUCAGUUAAAAUGCAAGACAAAGCAAUUUUAGCAUAAUUAAGAAGAAUGUCAUUUUGAAUAUCUGCUACUCCAGUCAAAAAUUACAUUUAAGAAAAUUGUGUCUUGAAGAGAGCAAGAUAAAAAAAAAAUAACCUUCAUUGGAAUAAACCGCCAUCACAGGGAUUGCAUGACUUUAAUGAAAGACAGAAUUUGAACUGACUUUAGUUUCCCUAAACAUAAAUGCCUGGAGUAACAAUGUGUAAACGUCUAGUGUUACAUUUUUCAAAAAAAAACAUGUUGCUAGUGCCAAAUCAAUGUUGUACAAAUAUGUGUAAUAAUAUGUAUAAAAGAAGAAAGACUUAUAUUCACUAGAGACAUUGCCUAUUAGUGUGAUUUUACUUUGUUUCCUGGCAGUUGAGUAUCACUUUCUAGCUUUCGUCAUCCUUCAUAUCUUGUCUGGGAGUCCUGCUGGCUAAUGAGUGCUCAAGGAGAAUAUCCCUGUGGCAAAGACGUUCUCAAGGGUCACGACAUCCUCUAGCCAUACUAGUAAAAGAAGAAGUCUUCCAGUAGCUGGCUGGAUAUUCUCACAGAGUUGGGCUCGCCAGCACUACCUUAAUUAGUCAGGGUCACUUGAGAUUAGCAAUUGUGCCAUCAGCCCCCUCAAAUGGCUUCAUGGCAGCCUCAAGGAUUAGUUUUAUUUUUUAACUUAUUUUACUAGGUUACUACUGCUACUGUGUUUCAUUAUAGUGCUUUUAAUAAACCUGAAAAGCAUCAUGAGACACUGCAGAAUUAAAAUAAUAAACCCCUUGUGAAUUAUUAAAAAUGCUAGACAAGUUUAAAUUAUGUAGCGUUCGUUCUCUUUUUUUGUGGUGAAUCAGAAGUAAGCGAUUAUCCGUCUGAAUAUACAUUUUUCAGGAAACCAUGUGUUUUGUAAAUAUUUCAUGUCUGUAUUCUAUUUUUUGUAAAUGGACAAUUUUUAGUUAAAGCAUUGUUUGCAUUUUUGAUCAAUAAAGUUUGUGAACCUGAAUAUUUCAUGUGUAAAAUAAAAUAUCUGAUUCUCCA